AUGGGGCUUUGUGAUAGCUGCAGCUCUCUCUCUCAACCCCUCUUGCUGCUGGUAAGCGUGUUUGUGGCAUUAUGCGCAGUGAUAGCGGCAAGUCUGCAGUGGGAUAGGCAUUCCCAGUACGCCUCGCUUCAGGGACGUGGCGCUGGGCGUACGAUGCUCUCACAUUCUGCCCGCGACCCAGAGCUCACCAUAGCACCCCUGUUCCUGGUGCUGGUGGUGGUGUGGGUGUCAUGCGGCGGAGGGAAUAGAGGAAGCCGUAUCCGUCAACCCCAUGCGGCCCCCUUUCUGUCCGCCGCUCCUCCCUCCCCUCUCUAUCCCGUCCCUCUCCCUCCUUGUCCAGAGCCACUAGCUCCUGUUCAUGGUGCUGGUGGUGGGGUGGGUGUCAUGCGGCGGAGUGAUCAGCUCCUGUUCAUGGUGCUGGUGGUGGGGUGGGUGUCAUGCGGCGGAGUGAUCGCUCACCAUAGCAGCUAUCCUUCCUCUCCCUGCACCCUCUCUCCCAUCCCUCCACCACCUCUUCCAGAGCCCAUGUUCAUGGUGCUGUUGUUGCUUAACGUUGGUUCUUCUCCCACUGUCCCCUUCUCCCGCCCCCCCUUUAAUCUACACCUCUCCCCUUCCCUCCCGCCAUCCCGUUCUCUCCCUCCCUCCAUUUCUCUUCAGCCAUCCCCUUCUAUCCCGCCCUCCAUGUCUCUCCUGCCCUCCCCCUCUCCCCUGCCCUCCCCUUCUCUCCUGCCCUCCCCUUCUCUCCCGCCCUUCCCUGCUCUACUGCCCUCCAGCCAACCCUCCAUUCAUUCUAUACCGCCCUCCACUUCGUCCAUACCCUUUGGACAACCCCUAAACCAUGUCGUGCAUGAUCUUCGUCCCCGCCUUGUCCUGCGUGCGCGCAGGAGGGAAUCAGCAGGUCAGCUCGUGGGGAAACAGCAGAGACGGGCUCCCGUUUGCCAACGGCCGGGCUUGGCAAAGGUUAAGAAGACCGACUGGAACGUCUCGAACUCCCACCGCAAGAACACCGAGUGGAUGACGGGUUUGCACCGAAAUGUGCGGUGGAUUAUCAAGGACCACUUCACACGCCACACCCCCGUGUACAACACAGUCGUGCAGGGCUUCAAGUGGGGCAACCGUGGCCUGUAUGUUCACGAGUCAGGAUUUGAGGCGUUCAAGGGGAAGGCCGUGCCUGACGAGGAGAAGAAGGACUUGAAGGAGGAAGAGCAGGAGGUGUACGACGCGGAGGACUUGAAGACGGAUGACAAGGAGGAUGACGAGGAUCAGGAGGAGGAGGAGGAGGAGGAGGAGGAGGAGGAGGAGGAGGAGGAGGAGGAGGAGGAGGAGGAGGAGGAGGAGGAGGAUGAGGAGGAGGAGGAACACCUCUCCCCCUUUUGUUCUUCCACUCCCCAACCUCCGCUGCUCUCUUCCCCCUUUCCUCCCGCCCUCAUGCCCCACACAACAGCCCCCACCAUGGCCAACAUAUACCAAGCUGUCUCAAGCCCCCGCUGCUAUGCUCCCUCGCUGCUAUUCCUCUGUUCUGGCUUCGUGCACACCCUCAUCAUGCACACUGCUCGCAAAAUACCCAACUCACUCCCCAUCCUUCAACCUCCCUUUCCCCUACCUCCCUCAGGGAGUCCCUCCUGCCUCUUCGGCCUUACCUCCCCCUUCCCUCCCCCCACGCUCACCCUGCCUGUCCCCUGCCUCCCCUACGAGCCCCUGGCAGCGCGGGUGCUGGAAGAGUGCGCUACAGAAUGGGGCUCUUACGAGUGGCACGGUUGGGAGUUUCCGCCGCCCGAUUGGCGGGUGGGGGGCGACUGUGAAACGGCGGAUUUAAUCAAAUGCGACGACAAUGGGCUCAUCACUGAAAUGUGGAUCGACAACUCGCCCAUCCCUGAUUGGCAGUAUGAUUACAGGUAG